UGUGACGUGACUGUCGAGCCGGUCGACCCUGUCGAGGACGGUCGAGGAGAGAGAAGUGUGUUAGAAAGGUUCUUAUGUGAAAAUCAGAAAUUUUUGCUGAAUUUUGUGAUUUGCUGCGUGUGUUGUGGUCAGAAGUAACGGAAAAUGAAACUUUUGACACAUAAUAUGCUUACAUCUAAGUGUCUGAAGGGAGUUAACGUUGGAUAUCCAUUAGGAAUUGUGGCUAAAGACAUCAAAGUGCUAGAAACAGAAUUUAACUCUGAAUUUGUUUUAAGAAUAAUUCCAAAGCUGGACUGGGACACCCUCUGGAAUGCUGCUGAUAGUAUUGGUCACUCUGGUGAUUUGCCACGAACUCUCUGUGAUGACUAUGAAAAUGAUGUUGAAUUCCUGAAGAAAGCACAUCAUGUUUUACUUGAGGUUGAAGUCAUCAAUGGAGAGUUGGUCUGUCCAGAAUCAGGAAGGAAAUUUGCCAUCAACAAAGGAAUUCCAAACAUGCUCCUUAAUGAAGAUGAACUAUGAUUCAGAGCAACAUGCCUGUUGCACAAAAUGACAACAGUCUCAUUUUUCUGUAUUUAAUACUGUUAUUAUGAAUGACUGUGUAUAAUGAAGUUAUGUGACCUUGGACUUACUGAUAGUGACUAAUGUGGUAUUAAAUUUUUCAGUUUGAAAAUUGUAUUUCACAUUAUUUAGCUCAUCAUGUUUCUAACCCUUUCCACAAUAGUGUCUCAGGUAUGAACUGUUAACAUGUUCAGUAUGUUUCUGCACCACUUCGUAAAUACCAUGUUUACUGCAGUCAAAUAAAUAUAGUAAUCAUUAAUGUAGAGUGCCAUGCCAUCUCUUGUGGUUUUUACAUUUUGUCAUUGUUUUGUAUUUGUUUACUGAGCAAAUAAUUCCAUUCUGUUAUUAAAGAUAAUAUUCUGAUGUUUAUGCUUAACACAUAAUUAAAUUGCUAUGAUCUGACCUAAGAGAACUCUGACUUUGCAGCUAAGACAUUCAUGCUAACUGCAUUUCAAGUGUACUCCCAUGCCGUAAUUAUAUUUUGUAAGCAUUAUAAAUACUUUCAUUUCUGAA